AUGGCGGCGAGUCAGGGAGGUGGUGUUAACAGUGGGGGCGGCGGUUGUGCUGGAGGUGGAAGUAGCGGUGGCGGUGGCGCAGCCGGAGGGGGAGGUGGCGGAGCCGGAGGGGGGGGAGGCGGCGGCGGCGGCGGGACCCUGGUGGUGCCCAUCCCGGUACCGACUCUUUUCGGUCAGCCGUUCCCCAACGGGCCGCAGUGGAACCCGGGGAGCCUGCAGCCUCAACACACGGUGAGGAGCCUGGACCGGGCCCUGGAGGAGGCGGGCAACUCCGGCAUCCUGAGCCUCAGCGGUAGGAAACUCCGAGACUUCCCCGGCAGCGGCUACGACCUGACGGACACCACCCAAGCAGAUCUUUCGAGAAAUCGUUUUACAGAAAUUCCUUCUGAUGUUUGGUUAUUUGCACCUCUUGAAACAUUAAAUUUAUAUCAUAAUUGCAUCAAAACCAUUCCUGAAGCUAUUAAAAACCUGCAGAUGUUAACAUACCUUAACAUUAGUCGAAAUCUUUUGUCAACAUUGCCAAAAUACCUAUUUGACCUUCCCCUUAAAGUUUUGGUCGUCAGUAAUAAUAAACUGGUAUCCAUUCCAGAAGAAAUUGGGAAGUUAAAAGACUUAAUGGAAUUGGAUAUCAGCUGCAAUGAGAUUCAGGUCCUUCCCCAACAAAUGGGAAAAUUACAUUCACUUAGAGAGCUAAAUAUCAGAAGAAAUAAUCUUCACGUGUUGCCAGAUGAAUUAGGAGAUCUUCCCUUAGUCAAGCUGGAUUUCUCCUGUAAUAAAGUGACCGAAAUUCCAGUUUGUUACAGGAAGCUGCAUCAUUUGCAAGUAAUGAUUUUGGAUAACAAUCCGUUGCAAGUACCACCAGCACAGAUAUGUUUAAAGGGUAAAGUACACAUAUUUAAAUACUUAAAUAUCCAAGCAUGUUGCAGAAUGGAUAAGAAACCAGAUUCUCUGGAUCUUCCAUCGCUGAGUAAAAGGAUGCCCUCCCAGCCUCUCACAGACAGUAUGGAAGAUUUUUAUCCAAAUAAAAAUCAUGGCCCUGACUCUGGGAUUGGAAGUGAUAAUGGAGAGAAACGAUUAUCUACAACCGAACCAUCAGAUGACGACACAAUCAGCCUUCACUCUCAAGUCUCCGAGUCAAAUAGAGAACAGACAUCAAGAAAUGACAGUCACUCAAUUGGAAGCAAACCUGAUUCUCAGAAAGACCAGGAGGUGUAUGAUUUUAUUGAUCCCAACACAGAAGAUGUAGCAGUUCCUGAACAAGGAGAUGCACAUAUUGGAUCAUAUGUCUCUUUCCUUAAGGGAAAAGAAAAAGGUCCUGAGAAAUCUCAGAAAAAUGAAGAAUUGGGAGAUGAAAAAAGACUUGGGAAAGAACAGUUACUUGCAGAGGAAGAGGAUGAUGAUUUGAAGGAAGUAACUGAUUUGAGGAAAAUAGCCGCUCAGUUAUUGCAGCAAGAGCAGAAGAACAGGAUUCUUAACCAUUCAACUUCUGUCCCAAGAAACAAGCCAAAACAAACUGUGGAAUGCGAAAAGAGUGUCUCAGCAGAUGAAGUUAAUUCACCGUUAUCACCUCUCACAUGGCAGCCUUUAGAAAAUCAGAAGGAUCAAAUAGAUGAACAGCAGUGGCCAGAAUCUCAACCUAUAAUCUGGCAGAGUGAAGAAAGGAGGCGGAGCAAACAGAUUAGAAAAGAAUAUUUCAAGUAUAAAUCAUCAAGGAAGAGUUCAAGUGGCAAUGAAAACGAUGAGCAAGACAGUGAUAAUGCUUAUAUGUCACCACAAUCUCCAGUAUCAUCUGAGGAGUAUGAUAGAACUGAUGGUUUUUCACAUGGUCCUUUUGGCUUGAAGCCUAGAUCAGCUUUUAGCCGCUCAUCUCGUCAGGAAUAUGGGGCAGCAGAUCCAGGAUUUACAAUGAGAAGAAAGAUGGAACAUCUCCGGGAAGAACGAGAGCAAAUACGACAACUUCGCAAUAAUCUCGAAUCCAGGUUAAAAGUCAUUUUGCCUGAUGACAUUGGAGCCGCACUGAUGGAUGGGGUUGUUCUUUGCCAUUUAGCCAAUCAUAUAAGGCCACGCUCUGUAGCUAGUAUUCACGUGCCGUCACCAGCAGUGCCUAAACUGAGCAUGGCAAAAUGUCGAAGAAAUGUAGAAAAUUUUCUUGAUGCAUGUAAAAAGUUGGGUGUCUCACAGGAAAGACUCUGUUUGCCUCAUCAUAUUCUGGAAGAGAGAGGUCUUGUGAAAGUUGGUGUCACAGUGCAGGCUCUUCUUGAAUUACCUACAACCAAGGCAUCUCAGCUUUCUACAGCUUGAUGUAACACUUCAAAAUUAUAAGUGUAUAGUUUCAUUUAUUUGAAGUGAUUUAAAAAAUCUCAAAUUCAUGAUAAGAAUGUCUAAUCAAAAUUAAUAAUUUUAUUAGGUCAAUCCAUAGGUUAAAAAAAAUCAUGUUAAAACAUCAAAGUUAAAUUUCGAAUUGCCCAAACUUCUUUUGGGGGAAAAACUGGAUUAACUUAAUAAGAGUUUUUGAUAAAUUCAAAUUCUCUUUUUACUGAGUCAGUUGAUAACCUUCAUUAUUUUUCAAAAACCAGAUUGAUACUAAAUUUAAGAUGUGGUUUCAAUUUAAUAAUCACAUUAGGUUUACUUUUUUAUAUCAGAGCAUACUAGUAAACACCUGGAUGAGGUAAUCAUUUUUUUACCGAUUUAAGACUAUUCUAUAUUUGAGUUAUUUAAUACACUUCUAAUUCUAGUUUAUACACAGUUUCUUCAAUCUUUGGUCUUAGUUUUCUAGAAAAAAAUGAGUAGAAAAUGCAGAACUCUGGCUUUAUAUUAAAUUCUUUUAGUAUUAUAGGUUAGUGCCAAAAUAUUUUCAGUUGUACUGUAGACUGUUUACAUGUGAAGUGCCUGUGUAAUUGAUGACUCUUACAUAGUCUUAAGCAUUUUUGCAAUUUCUUUUUAUGUAUUAAUGGAAUCAAUGGAACUUUAAAAUAUUUUAGUAGAUUUUGUAAGGUCAGUUAUAUGUGAGGAUUUAAAUGUGCCUCACACGGUGACAUUUGUGUUUUUUUAUUUAGUCCAUUGCCGUUUUCCUUAAAUUGGUUAUGUCAUGUUGUCAAAAAAAAAAAUGUUAAUAUGCUUAAUUUAUGCUAUUUAAUUUUGCAAAACUUAAUCAUCUUUUAAUAUGUAUUAUUUGAAGAGUAUUUUAUUUCUGUAUUGAAAAUGUUACACAAAGCAGUAAGGUUUUUGAGAAGUAGCCAAGUACUCAUUAUCAAGGACACUUUGAUAAAACUGCCAAAGUUUGGAUCUGUGUCUGGACUUGCAGUCGGCAUGCUGCCAUUAGUUGGGUUUUUUUUUUUGUUUGUUUGUUUUUGUUUUUUUUUUUUCAGAUUCAUAGAGCAGCAAUUGAAGAAUAGGUGUGUAUUUGGAAUCUGGCCAUUUGUGGAUCCUGUAAAUCUUAGGAUCCUCAGUGAACAUGAUGUUGAAUUAAACACAGACCAUUCUAUAAAUAUUUUCCUAAGUAUGCUUUGUUACCUAAAGUCCUUGUUUAGUUUGGAGCUGGAUAAAUUUACGUUGGUAGGAGUGCAGGAAUUUUUCAAAAACAUUACUGUAAUAACUCAGUUUGCUAUAGAAAAACCUUAGUAUAAUUACUUUUGCAGUAGCCAAGCAAGUACCAUAUCUUAAAUAUGUGAUUAUUUGCACUUGUUACCUCUUAAUAUGGAUGCAACUUAUUAAAAGUGUUGGCCUGGGUAUUUCAAAGGGUAUAUAUAAAAGGUAAAAACUAGUGUGCCAAAUGGGUAUAAUAAGGGUUGGUUUCGAAACAACUCUACUUUUAUUGAUCAGUUGGCAAUGAAGCCAUAUAAUUACAUUUUGGCAUUAGAAUACACAUGUGUUCUUUACAUUCCCCAAGUGUGAAAUUGGAGCUUUUAAAGAACUAAAGCUUCUUAUAACUGUAAGGUUUAAAAUUAAAUUAUUAGUAAUUUAUUACUUUAAGUAUUUCAGCUAAUUAGUUCCUAUUUUUCAGUUGGAUCUAAAAAAAAAACUUCAUUGGCAUAAUCAAUCUCCCUAGUGAAAACUUGAGUAAUAAAGGUAAGAAAUGGCAAAUAAAUAUCUCAAGUUGAUAGUUUUUAUUGUACAAAUCUGACAAUGUUACAAAUCAAGUGACCAUUAAGAGCUACAGCAAUCAUUCAUACUGCUUUCAUAGUUCCCAUGCGGUAGGAUUCCUCUUCUCAAUCAGUCUAGAUGUUAAUUAUUUUACAGGUAUUUUCCUGUUUCUCAUUGAAAUGAUAGGCCAUUUCCUUAUUGCAUUUCACUUACUUGUCAGUUAUUGCUUUAAAGGGAAAAUACACCAGAACCUCACUUACAGCAUUCUUCGCCGCAAAGCAAAAUUCCAUUUAAGAUGGGUCCAUCUGAGGUUCACAUCAUGUCAGUCUAUUUACUCUAGUGCCAAAAGGCAACACCACCUCUAAGUCAGUUUCUCAGCAUAGUCCCCAAGGACACAUUUUAUCAAGGCUCUGAUGUAUUUCUUUUAGUAGUUUUUAAAAUAAGUGUAAAUUUUAUUCUAAAUGGUUUUUAUGGUUAUUUUAUAUUUACUUCAUCACUUAUUGAAUUAAGAACGAUUAUCAUUAUUUGAAUUGGAUUUGUGAUUUGAAGGGGUUAAAUAAGUCAAGCAAAUAUUUUAUUAGGCCCUAAAAAAUGUAGUAGAUAGCUACUUCUGCUAAAUUUUAUUACCGUAUGGCACAAGAAAGAAGUGAUGUUGGAUAUGUUAGAAUUGAAAUAAGGAGUAAAAAUGCAUUACCAUUUGUUUAAUAAUUAUCUUUACAGAAUGCUAGUUUAUCGACUUUUCUAAGUGAAUUUUUUGAAGAAUUCAGAAAUCUUUGUAUUGGUCACAGAUCUAUCAUAAUUGAUUUUCUGAUGCAUUUAAAAAUAAAUGGAACACUAAAUGUAUAUUACCGAUGCAAACUGUGGAUAAAGUUGAAUGAAAAAAUUAAAGUCUGAGAUUUC